AUGUCAUCUUUUAUAACAAAUUCCUCUAAAACAUCAAACUCUGAUUCUCCAACUUUUUAUGCUGAUGAGGUUCCGGUUGCUGACUUAGUCUACUCCUUUGACUGGUCCUCCACUCCUCUUGGACCUAUGGAAGAAUGGGAUCCUUCAUUCAGAAUGGCCGUUGAUAAUACACAGCAUGCUCAAUGUGCUAUAUCAAUCCAAGAAUUAUACCACGAACAAUUUGUCUCUAUGGUGCCGGAUAUUCUACCAUUCGAAACUUUUAAUAAUGAUCUUGAUUUUAACCCCAAAUGGAUUAUUAAUGGUGUUGAUAUAGAAACAUCAUCAACUAAUAAUAUCACUUCAACUCAACCUCAAUGUGGAGAAUUAUUAUAA